AUAGACUCCGAUUCCACCUCAGGACUCCACAAAAAGCAAAACUUUGCCAACGCGCUUAAGUAAACCAACAACCAAACACACCCGCCCCCUCUCUCCUCUUGACUUCUGCCCAUCAUUUCAAUUGCUAACUUUGAAGGGCUGUCUUUCCAUUUCUCAGGAUCAUUUUUUGAAGAGGAAAGUUGGUCCUGAAAUUAGAAUUUUGGUCCGAUCGUAUCAAAGAUGUUUGCUCGGAUUUUAGGCAAACCUAAGCAAGAGACUAAUGCUCUCGCCACCCUUGAUAAAUUAAACGAGACGCUUGAGAUGCUUGAGAAGAAGGAAAGUGUGCUUCAAAAGAAGGCAUCUGGAGAGGUGGAGAAGGCCAAAGCGUAUACAAAAGCAAAGAACAAGAGAGCUGCUAUACAGUGUUUGAAGAGGAAAAAACUCUAUGAGGAACAGAUUGGUCAGCUUGCAAAUUUCCAACUGCGCAUCCACGAUCAGAUGAUAAUGUUAGAGGGUGCAAAGGCUACUACUGAAACUGUGGAUGCCUUAAGAAGUGGAGCAGCUGCAAUGAAAGCAAUGCAGAAAGCCACAAAUAUUGAUGACGUGGACAAGACAAUGGACGAGAUUAAUGAACAAACAGAGAACAUGAAGCAGAUACAGGAAGCGCUGGCAACACCUAUUGGUGCAGCAGCUGACUUUGAUGAGGAUGAACUGGAGGCUGAGCUUGAAGAAUUGGAAGGCGCAGAGUUGGAAGAACAGCUACUUCAGCCGGCAACCACUGCCCCUGCUGCCCCUGUGAAGGUUCCAGCCGGCAGAGUUCCUACUCGGCCUGCUCCCCAGAAGCGGACAGAGGAGGAAGAGGAACUUGCUGCUUUGCAAGCAGAAAUGGCACUUUAAGCAUGUCGUCCUUUGUUAAACUGGUAAUUAUACGAGGAGAUUAUCCAGAGGACGAUUAUACAAAAUGGAGAAUCCAGCAGCAGGCUUCCCCGGCAUCCGAGAGUUUCGUGUAUCUGCCAGUUCCAUACAUAAGCACACCGCAGACAUAGCAUAGUUUUGCUGGGCACUGUGAUCUACAGCCAUGUGUAUAAAUGUGAUCAUUUGUUAGAUAUUCUGUACAACCAUCAAGAACAAAAGCUACAAAAAUAAAUUUUCUAAAUUGUGCAACGCCUAUAUUGGUAA